AUGCUCAAGGAACUUGAAAAGUUGGGCCUCAGAAAAGGUGUUAUCAGCCAAUCUGUCAAAGAUGUUGUCCAAACACUAGUGGAUGAUGACUUGGUCUCAAAAGACAAGAUUGGAACCUCUCUAAGAAAUGUGUCCAAGAAACUUGAGUCAGAGCUUGAAAUCAAUAAGAAGCGACAUGUAGAGCUUUUGGAGCAAUGUGAGUCUUUAAAAAAAGGCAGGGACGAUUCAGAUGCACGAGAAGAGGCUUUGAGUGAGCUCAAAGCCAGUGAACAGAAGUAUAACAAUCUGAAAAGGAAGCGAUUAAAGUUGCCCAUGAAGCAGCUAACAGAUGGACAUGUUUGA